UUAUGUUUUAUCAAAUGUUUACUUUCUUUUCGGACUUGGGAUUAUGACUUGUGUUUCUGAAUCGUGGAAAACAGUGCCUUGAUUAAGAACAAUGUCCGAUAAAGAUGAUAAAGAUAUAUCAGCCAAGUUGUUGACUGAAAAAGAACUUGACAAGCAUCCUGGAUCUCCCUCUGCAGAUUGUGAUGAUGUUCUUGUGGAUGAUGAUGAGGAGAUAGAUAGUUUGUUAGAUAUUGAAUGCCAGCUUGAGUCAACUGUAGAUCUAAGUGCGUACAGAAAACGUCAAGGACUGAAGAAAUACAGGAAUACUGUCAAAUAUCUUAAACCAAUCAGAUUUGAGAAAAGUCCAAAAGAUGAGAUCCCAGAAGGAACUGCUGGAUUGCUUUCAUUGUUAACAUAUGCAUGGCUGACUCCUAUUAUCUGGAAGCUUUAUAAAAAGGGGGAGGGGUUUCUUGCACAUAUGAGAUGCAGCGAUAUUGACAGAGCAGAGAUCAAUGGUGAAAGGCUAGAAAAGUUAUGGAUGGAAGAGUUAGCUAAGAAAGGACCUGAUAAAGCGUCGUUUUCCCGAGUUAUUUGGAGGGCUACGAGAACUAGAGUGAUUAUUGGAGCCCUGACCAUCAUGUUGUCUGUAUCCUUUAGCUUUGCUGCUCCUGCAUUUGUUAUGCGUCAGUUACUAAGUGACCUAUCUAAGGGUCAGAUGAGUCUAGGCUAUGGUAUGUUAUUAGUUGCGGCCAUAUCUGGAAUGGAGUUUUGUAGAUCUAUGCUAUUUGCUGUUGGAUGGGUUAUCAAUUAUAAAACUGGUGUUAGAAUGAGGGGAGGAGCUUUAAGUCUUCUGUUUAAAAAAAUAUUGAAAUUGAGAGGUUUAAAAGACAAGACUGUUGGAGAGCUUGUCAACAUUUGUAGUAAUGAUGGUCAACGUUUGUUUGAUGCCUGUGCCAUCGGACCUCUAUUAUUUGGUGGACCUGUUGUAUUGGUCUAUGGGACGAUAUAUACAGUAUUCCUUAUAGGACCUUGGGCUUUAGUUGGCAGUGCAACUUUUCUUGCUUUUUAUCCAUUCAUGGGUUUUAUUUCAAGAAUAACCACUAGUCUAAGACGUAAAUGUAUUUCUAUUACUGAUAAAAGAGUACAACGAAUGACGGAGUUACUGAAUUGUAUAAAACUGAUAAAGAUGUAUGCAUGGGAGAAACCAUUCGCAAAGAAAAUUUCAGAGAUCCGUAAACAUGAGAGAGGUUACUUAGAGAGGACAGCCUUUGUACAGAGCGUUAGUCAGUCUAUAGCACCAAUGGUUCCUAUUGUUUCUGGAAUUUUUGUUAUAACUGCUCAUGUCAUGACAGGAAAUGACAUCACAGCCACACAGGCCUUUACGCUUGUUGCUAUAUUUAAUGCAAUGAGAUUUUCUCUAGGGGUAAUCCCCUUUGCCAUUAAAGCUUUGUCAGAGGUCAGGGUUUCACUUGACCGAUGUAAGAGUGUGCUGCUGAUGGAAGAAAUCAAAGAAUAUCCCACCAAGAUAAGUAACCCUCAUCAUAUGGUGGUGAUGAAAAAUGCCUCAUUUUCAUGGGAUGUUGAUAACGCAAAUAUAGAAAUAAUAAAAGAUGGCAGAAUUGAUAUAGAAAUAAAAGUUAAUGUUCCAAAUGGAAAAGACAUGUCCAGCAAACAGAGUAUUGAUGAGAAACAGAAACUUCAAGAAGAUACAGAUGAUAACCAGAGCUCAUCUUCUCCUGAUAGAACCCUUCACAAUAUUGACUUUACCUUAGAAAAGGGUAAAAUUAUUGGUGUAUGUGGCAGUGUUGGUAGUGGUAAAAGCUCCCUUAUUUCUAGUAUCCUAGGCAGGAUGAAUUUAGUGGAAGGCAGGAUUGGUGUAAGUGGUAGUCUGGCCUAUGUCUCUCAGCAAGCCUGGAUAAUGAAUGCCACAGUCAAAGAUAAUAUUCUAUUUGAAGAACUUUAUGAUGAAAAAAAAUACAAUGAUGUUAUCCAUGCCUGUUGUUUACAAGAAGAUAUAGAAUCUUUUGUGUCUGGCAGUGAAACAGAAAUAGGUGAGAAAGGUAUAAAUAUGAGUGGUGGCCAGAAGCAGAGGAUCAGUUUGGCCAGGGCUCUGUAUGCAGAUAAAGAUGUAUAUUUAUUGGACGAUCCUUUAUCAGCAGUAGAUAUACAUGUAGGAAGACAUAUCUUUACUGAAUACCUGACUAAAGCCCUCAAAGGGAAAACUGUAAUCUUUGUUACUCAUCAGUUACAGUAUCUGAGUCAAUGUGAUGGAAUAAUUGUGUUAUCUAACGGGAGAAUAACUGAGAGAGGUAAACAUGAUGAACUGAUGGCUAGAAAUGGAGAAUAUGCUAAUCUUAUAACUACAUAUUAUACCCAAGAUGACAACCAGGAUAUUGAGGAUGAUAUCAGAGAAAGAAUUAAUUCCAUCCCAGGAUCACCACAGCCAGUGACCACUAUUAGACAGAGGACAUUUUCUGAUUCUUCACAGAAAUCAGGAUCUCACAGACCCGGGUUUAAUCAGCAGGCCAGUGUCAUGUCUUCCACUAGUAAUAAAGAAGAAAUGAAAAAAGCAGGAAAGCUGAUGGUUGCAGAGGAGAUGGGAAAGGGAAAAGUGACAUUUAGGACAUACUGGGAUUAUAUACAAGCUGCUGGUGGUGUUAUUAUAUCUGGUUUUGCAGUUCUCAUGUUUGUUUUGAAUAUAGGAAUCCAAACUGGCAGUAGCUGGUGGCUAUCGUACUGGUUAGAUCAAGGAGGUGGGAACAUUACCAUACCUUUCCCAGGUAACCUGUCCAAUACAACUAACAUCACAACAGUCACAGUCCUGAGUAGAAACAUAAGGGAUAAUCCUGAUAUGAAUUUUUAUGUUACAGUGUAUGGCCUUUCUGUUAUUGCUAUUGUGUUUUUAAUGCUACUGAGAGCAGUUAUCUUCAUGAAGGUGACUCUGCAUGCUUCCAGUAAUAUGCAUGAUAAUAUUUUUUCCAAGAUUUUAGCUUGUCCAAUGGAAUUCUUCGACACAACGCCAGUUGGAAGAAUUGUUAAUAGAUUUUCUGCUGAUAUGGAUGAAAUUGAUGUGCGUCUACCUGGAAAUAUGGAGAUAUUUUUACAGAAUAUAUUAAUGAUAAUUUUUGCAUUAGUCAGUAUAUCUUAUGUUUCGUCAUGGUUUUUGAUAGCUCUUGUGCCAUUGAUAUUCUUCUUUGUAUUGUUAAACAAAUUAUUUACUGCCUGCAUAAGACAAUUGAAAAGACUUGAUUCUGUAACAAAAUCACCAAUGAUAAGUCAUGUGCAAGCAUCCGUUCAAGGAAUAUCAACCAUUCAUGCAUAUGGAAAAUCCAAUGAAUUUGUAGAUAAAUUUCAUCAUUUAAUUGACACAAAUACGGUUCCAUAUUUCCUGUUCGUUUCAUCCAAUCGGUGGUUAGCUAUACGUCUUGAUAUUAUCAGUGCCUGUGUGAUAGCUGUUACAGGUCUUCUAGUUAUCGUUAAUUAUGAAAGUAUGACUCCAGCUAUGGCAGGCAUGGCACUAGCCUUUUCCAUCCAGAUGACGGGUUUGUUCCAGUUUUCAAUAAGAAUGGCAAUAGAGACAGAGGCCAGGUUUACAUCAGUAGAAAGAUUAAAUCAUUAUUCCAGGGAAGUAGAAUCAGAGGGAGAUUCUAUCAUUGAAGGACAAAGUCCACCCAACAACUGGCCAUCAGAUGGAUGUAUAUCAUUUAAAAAAUUAAAAAUGAAAUAUAGAGACAAUUUACCACUAGCGUUAAAAAGUGUAUCAUUUGAUGUUCUUCCUCAAGAGAAGGUUGGAAUAGUUGGUCGAUCGGGAUCAGGGAAGUCAUCACUAGGUGUUGCCUUAUUUAGACUGGUUGAACCAGACUCAGGAAGCAUAUCUAUAGAUAACCUAGACAUAUCUACAAUAGGUCUCCAUGAUCUGAGAAGUAAGCUAGCCAUCAUACCACAAGACCCUGUUUUAUUUGUUGGAACUAUUAGAUAUAACCUGGAUCCCUUUCAAGAACAUAAAGAUUCAGAUUUAUGGGAAGCAUUAGAGAAGUGUCACAUAAAAGAUACAAUAGCUGCUUUAGAUUCUCAAUUGGACUCUACAGUUGUUGAAAAUGGAGAGAAUUUUUCUGUAGGAGAGAGACAGCUAAUGUGUUUAGCAAGAGCUUUAUUGAGACAUAGUAAGAUAUUGAUUUUAGAUGAAGCUACAGCAGCAAUAGAUACAGAAACAGAUUCGUUUGUACAAACCACAAUAAAAGAAGCAUUUUCAGACUGUACAAUGUUAAUUAUAGCACACAGAUUAAACACUGUACUUAGCUGUAAUAGAAUAUUAGUCAUGGAGGAUGGUCGGGUUGUGGAGUAUGAUUCACCAUCUUCAUUAACAGCUAAUCCUAAAUCUAAAUUUAAAAUGAUGUUAGAUGCAGUAGAGAGUCAGCAAUGUAUGUCGUAACAGAAGGACAAACAUUUUGUGGUUGGUUUAUAGUUCAGCUGUUAAUGUCAUCUAAUACACCAUACCAUUCAGAGAACAAUCCAUUGGUACUGUUGGUUUUAUCCCCUUAAUGAGGGGAGAUAAUUUACUAUAAAAUGCAGCAUUGAUUAUACAUGUAGAUUGUACUGCCAGUUGUUAGUUAUUGUUAUAAUAUCUUACUUUGUGGUUCUGAUUUUAAAGCUUUUGUUAUUUUAUUAUUUUAUUAAUGGCGUAGUUGUACUCAGGCUUCAUUGAUGUUUCUUUCUUUCUAUCUAUCUUAUUGUUUGUUUAAGUUUCUUGAUAAAGGUAAAGGAAGGAUAUGACACAAAAUACCUACAUGUACUUCACAAAUUGAUGUUUCUUUCUUUCUAUCUAUCUUCUUGUUUGUUUAAGUUUCUUUAUAAAGGUAAAGAAAGGAUAUGACACAAAAUAUCUACAUGUACUCCACAAAUCGCAAUGCAAAGGAACAAUGGUUUUAAUGCUGUUCUUCAUCUCAGAGUAGCAGUGAUAUCACCGUUAUUUAUUUCAUGACAAUUUUAGUAGUAAUUAACAUGGUCAAACUUGUGCCAAGAUAAAAUCGCCACUAGAAUUUCCCUGUAACUAAAUAUUUUCUGUAAAUUAUUAAAUAGAUCAACAAAUUCAUAUCACAUUUAGCAUGACAUGUACAUCUUCCUUUAUUCAGUGUUUUGUUGAGUUGACAAAUUUUUUUGAUUGCCUUCCUCUUCCAUUUAUUAGGUUUUACUAUUCACUAUAGAAUAUCUUAAGUAAUUUCAUUUAGCAAUUAAGUUUCCCUUUUUCUCUUUUGUUUUAUAUACAGUAUUGUAUUUAGAUUUGAUUUUUUUUCUGGUUACCCAGGAGGUAAUGAAACAUGAUUUUAUUAUUUGAGAAAAAAAUAGAUUUAAGCGGUGAUUUUAAAAUAAUUUGAUGAAAACUAUAACAAUGUAAUCUUUAUGUGUUCACUUUGUUUUUGAAAUGAAAUAAGUAACAGUAGAUUAAAAAAAAAAUGUUGAUGACUAAUUAUGUGUUAUUGUGUAAAUUGGAAACAAAAAUAACGGGUUGUUAUGUAUUUAUAUAUACAGAUUUGGUAUAAAUAUAUAUAUACAUAUAUAUAUUACUACAUUUCUAUUUUUAGAACAUAUUAAAUGAGUUGCAUGUUCAUUGAAAUGAUUUUUUAUGAUGAUGGAGCAUUAUAUUUUGUUCUUUCAAUUUUUUUACAAUAAAGAAGUAAAAACAUCGUA